UUAAACAAGCAAUCGAAUGUGAGCAAUUUAAUUUUUAUUUGUCUGCUUAUCUUCAAGUACUUUACACUAGGCAAGUCCUUUUUAAAUGUCUUUUUAACUGAAUUAGAAAUGUAGAGUAGAAAACAAGCUUCUAAAGCAGUACUUGAUUCUUACAAUGUCUGAGGACUGCUAAUGCUUGACCUUUGAGGACCAUCGAUAUUGGGGAAGCAGAAAGCUAGGCUCCAAAGGCUACCUAUAUUGAGUAUCAGCAUUGUGAAUGAAACCAAAUGUUUCUCCUCCCAUGCCUGCAAUAUCGUCACCCAAAGGGAUACCGUAUAGGGAGCGCGCUAUUUAUUUCUGAAUGUCAGUUUUUACAUCGAUGAAUGAAGACACUGCAGACUUGGCUUCCAAAGCCUUCGUGAUGACGGGGUGACUUUUGGGGAGGGGGUAAACAUCCCCCCUCCCACAAGAUAGAGGGAGGGGGCUUGAUUUGGAAGGUCUACUGCGCCAGGAUGAAUUUCAGAAGCAAUGCGUCUCUCUCCCUCCCUCCUUCCAGUCCUUGUGCCUAUUCAGGAGGGCACCCAGCACAUCCGUGGAUUCGGUAAGUACGAAAGAAACACUGACACCUCCCCUCCCUCUCAGAACCCGGGAAGGAACUGCGGGGAACGUUGCAGCCUAAGAAGUGACAGCGGUUGCCGCAGUGUUGGCUUUGCCUCCUUUUAGCAGCAAUCGCCUAACCCAAGCCCUUGUACCCUUUUUUGAGAGUUCCCCCACCCUUUUCCCCGGGUCUAUUGGCUACUCCAGGGCUGAAGGGUGCCUGCUCCCAUCGCAUCUUUGCCCACAACACGGCGCCGGGAUGGUCACGUAGUGAUGGACGGAUUGCGCAACUGCUGAUGGACCUGGAAAACAAAAAAGGCAGAAAAACAACGCAAGAGCCCCAAGACUUGCUGUACUCAGUUAUAUCCGCAGUGGAAGCGCGGGUGCAUUGGGGGAAAGGAAAAUCACGUAUUCGGGAAUUGGGGGGCAUUCCAGAAAAUUGGGUUUCUCUGCUGCUUAGGGGAGGACCGCAGGUGGGAAUGUGGGGAGGUCUGGGUUAUUAUUAGUAUUGUUGUUAGCAAGGUGUUGAGCUGGAGACUGGGGAUUAGGGGGUGGGGGUAGGGGAUGCGGAGAAAAUAGUGUCUCUUCUCCACAGCUCCGGGUGCGGUAGUUUGCAGCUUGCAGAGAGAGAAUGCAAGCCCACAAUCAACUCUGCAUCCUUCUCGGGAGCAAAAGCACAGCCAGGGAGGGACCCUCGGCCGCCCUGACUGGGCUGCGUCCCUGUGGCGCCGGGCAGAAAAGCCACGACCUUGGGCUCGGAGGCUCCGGAGAUGUGCCUGGAGGAAAGAGGCUGUCAGAGAGAAAGUUGCAUUUUCUGCGCUGCACUUCCUGUAGCGCAGCCUGCAGUUUUCCAGCCAGAUUGCCUGGGUUCGCUGGACGCACCCCCUCCUCUGCUCUAGAGCCCAGGGUUUGUGUCCAUGGUUGCUGCGGCCCGCGUAUUCUUUCCUUAGCUGCUGGUACCUGGGGUUACUGGUCGCAGGCGGAUUGAGGAAAGAGCCCACUUAGCUGGCACCGAGCAAUUGCCCUGGGUCCCCCCUCUCCCUUGCAGCGUGAGAGUAGCCCUAGAGUCCCCGCGGCUGCCGGAACCCUUCUGCUUAUAGCUAAGAGGUAGCCCAAUUACGAUGAGUAUUUGCAUUCGCACCUCCUCCUCUUCUUCUUCUUCCUCCUCCUCCUCCUUCCCCCUCCUGCCUGAGAAAGGAGGACGGACCCAAUUCCAGGCUCUGAACUGGUAUUUAUUUGCAAACUGUCUCGCUGUCGCCAGAUUUGGCAAUUAAGGCACAGACGCUUGGGAGGAGCCUUUUACAAUUUUUUUUUUUUUUUUUUUUUUGGCACCUGUCUCCAAGAAUCUGCUUUUGGAAUGGAGGGUGGUGGGGGUGGUAGCGAGGUGCAGAAAAUGUAACUUUACUAGAGGGGAGGAAACUUUGUCACUUUGCAGGAGCCCGUAGGCAUGUGCAACCUGGUGGAAGAGCUCCACGCGGGGCAGCAUUUUCUUUGACUUUGUGCUUUGCUCCCGAUGACCCUCGCGGGAGAAAGAGGACACUUGAACUCCACGGUGGUUCCUCCUCGCCGCCACCUCGCGGGGUGACAGCAGCGGCGGCGAAUUACCGGCCCCCUCCUCCUACUCCCAGAUACCUUCCGAAGUCCGCAGUAAGAACGCACUUGCCCCUGGGCGGCGGGGAAGCGAAGUCAGAAAGGGCGCUCACGGAGCUAGCCUCCCGCUGCAAGAGGAGCGGGCCGGGGGGGCAGCGGGGGGGAAGCGGGGGGAGAAGGCUGCUUGCUGCUGGAUUCCAGGAACAAGUCACCCGGAAUUAACUUCUCGUUAAAGUUAUGGGAAGUGCGGCCAUGGACACCAAGAAGAAGAAAGAUGUUUCUAGCCCCGGAGGGAGUAGCGGCAAGAAGAGUUCGGGCCAGAAGAGGCGAUCGCUGCGGGUGCACAUCCCAGACCUUAGUUCUUUUGCCAUGCCAUUCCUAGAUGGAGACCUGGAAAGCUCGGAAAAACAUGCUUCCCAUAAGGUGGACAGUCCCUUCAGUUCUGGGAGUCCUUCCAAGGGAUUCUUCUCCCGAGGUCCUCAGCAUCGUCCCUCCAGCCCUGUGUCGGCCCCUGUGAGGGCCAGAAAUAGCCCAGGCUCUCCCAAAACGGUGUUUCCCUUCCCCUACCAGGAGUCCCCUCCCAGAUCUCCACGUCGCAUGAGUUUCAGCGGCAUCUUUCGCUCCUCCUCCAAAGAGUCCUCCCCGAACUCCAAUCCAUCUACCUCACCUGGGGGAAUCAAGUUUUUUUCCCGCUCAAGAAAAACCUCCGGCCUUUCGUCUUCACCAUCAACCCCUACCCAAGUGAUCAAGCAGCAUACUUUUCCUCUUGAAUCCUAUAAGAAUGAACCUGAGAGAUUAGAAACUCGAAUUUAUGCCUCCUCUUCUCCCCCGGACACAGGCCAGAGGUUCUGCCUGCCCUCCUUCCAGAGUUCAGCCAAACCUCCCUCUGCAGCAUCAGCUCCAUAUGCUACCUCCACAACAGCGGCUGUAGCAGCGGCCGCGGCGGCAGCAGCAGUUGCAGCAGCAGCAGCCCCAGGAACCGCUGAAGCCGGCAUGCUGGAGAAAUUAGAGUUAGAAGAGGAAGCAAUAGAAGAAUCUGAAAGUGAUAUUUACAUGCGAUUCAUGAAGUCACACAAGUGUUACGACAUUGUUCCAACCAGCUCGAAGCUUGUUGUCUUUGACACCACAUUACAAGUUAAAAAGGCCUUUUUUGCCUUGGUAGCGAAUGGUGUUCGAGCAGCGCCACUAUGGGAGAGUAAGAAACAGAGUUUUGUAGGAAUGCUAACAAUUACAGAUUUCAUAAAUAUACUACAUAGAUAUUACAAAUCUCCAAUGGUACAGAUUUAUGAAUUAGAAGAACAUAAAAUUGAAACGUGGAGGGAACUUUAUUUACAAGAAACAUUUAAGCCUUUAGUGAAUAUAUCCCCAGAUGCAAGCCUCUUCGAUGCUGUAUACUCAUUGAUCAAAAAUAAAAUCCACAGAUUGCCAGUUAUCGACCCUGUCAGUGGGAACGCACUUUAUAUACUUACCCACAAAAGAAUACUCAAGUUUCUUCAGCUAUUUGUGUCUGAGAUGCCAAAACCUGCCUUCAUGAAACAGAACCUAGAUGAACUUGGAAUAGGAACGUACCACAACAUUGCCUUUAUACAUCCAGACACUCCUAUCAUUAAAGCCUUGAAUAUAUUUGUAGAAAGACGGAUAUCAGCUUUGCCUGUUGUGGAUGAGUCAGGAAAAGUUGUUGAUAUUUAUUCCAAAUUUGAUGUAAUAAAUCUUGCUGCUGAAAAAACAUAUAAUAACCUAGAUAUCACAGUGACGCAAGCCCUUCAGCACCGUUCCCAGUAUUUUGAAGGUGUUGUGAAGUGCAGCAAGCUGGAAACACUGGAGACCAUUGUGGAUAGGAUAGUAAGAGCUGAGGUUCAUCGGCUGGUGGUAGUAAAUGAAGCAGAUAGCAUUGUGGGUAUCAUCUCACUAUCAGACAUUCUACAAGCCCUGGUACUCACACCAGCAGGCAUCAUUGAUGUUCAUACAAUACCAUAAAGUUCAUUUUGCCUGUAUGAUAACAGGUGCCAAACAAAAGGAAAGUGAAGCAGAAUGACCACGGUGAACAUAGAAGCCUUCAUUGAAUGUAGGAGAACGUGAACAAAGUUUCUGGGUCAAGGUUUUGCCUCACGAACACUGUCUGCAAUAGAAGAAAGUAAUGGUUAUGAGAAUGUCGAUUGCAGUAGAGUGAUGGGUAAUCUUUAUUUUCCCCAGUGAUGUCUAAACUAAGCAUGACAAAGAGAGCUUGAUAGGUUUAAAGAUUGUCUUGUUUUAAAAAAAAAAUCUAUAUUUCCAGACCUUUUCUGAAAGAUUUAAUAUGCUAUCAUCCUUUAAAUUGUACUAUGUCCUGAAAUUCUAUCACUUUUUGCAAUUGAAAGAGCUCAUUGAUAGCCAAGUAACAGGUAAAUGUGACAUAAGGUGAGUGUAUGGCAUAUUCCUAACCUAGUGCCUUAUGUCAGAAUACAGCAAUAUGUCAUCACUGUUGCCCAUCACUGUUGGAGAAAGUAUUUGUGUGAAGAGAAAACUGUGUUUGAAUGUGAAAGUCUUUGAACUUAUUACCAAAUCAGUUUAAGUUUUCAUUAGAUUUGUCAUAAAAGCUGUACUUUGAAUAUAAAUAGAUUUACUUUAAAACUUUAAUGAGUUUUGUGUUUAAAUGUUGCAUUCUGGACUAAGAUGUAAAACAAGACUGAUUUUAAAAACAGCUUUAUUUAUUUUUACUUUCAUGGCAAUUUUUUACACAUCUUUUGGUGGAUAGUUAAAACUUCACCAUAUCCAUUAAUAAACUGUUGAUUGUUAUACAAAAAAGUGGCAGAUUUCUCGUUAUUUGUUUGGACCGGAAGAGGAUAUGGCUUCCUGAAUAACCUUUAUUAGACUUAAAAAGUUAAAAGUUUCUAAAAGCAUGCAUUGAAAUCUAUUACUCUGUACUGUAUUGUAAAUAAGCAGCAGUUAUUGAGGAAAUAAAGUGCCAGAGAAAUGUCUAUUUUUUUUCUUGUGUAUCGCAAUGUAAAAUCAUGAUGUUUGUAUGACUGCUAAUACAAUUAUUUUUUUUUGUAAAUUCUAUUGUGGCAUAUACAGUAUUGUCAUACAGUUGCAAGGAGAGAGGAACAUUUCCUAAUGUAAAUGCUCUGAAAAUGCUGAGACUAUAUAAUUGUAGAUUUUCUUUGCAGUUUGAAAAAAUUAAAACAAGUCCUACAAUUUGUUAUUUUGUUAGAGCAGUUCUUAAAAAAUAUCACAUGUUUGUGCAUGUAUUGAAUAAGAUUCUACAUGCCCUUUUUGACUCAAAUAUUUAUCUUCAUUUAAAGCAAAAUUAGUCCUUUUGUCCAAACUACCUCCAGCAAAAGAAUCUUUUAUUGAUUCCUUAAGUCUAAUGGUUUAUUUACACUCCCCUGAUAAAACAUGAUUAUGUUUGAUUCAAAAUUGCCAAGAAAAUUUUCUUGUAAUAAGGUGCCAGUUUUUCUUUUCUUAGUAGAGCAAAUCUUCUAUUUGUGUCUCUGUUCUCAGUGUUUGUAUUUGUCUUUGCACAUGUAUGUGUAUGUGCAUGUUUGCUCUCACCUACACAUCAAUGCUUUGGAAAGUAAUCAUAGCUGUUUAGGUUGAACAGCAGUUACAUUACUCAACUUGUGAAUCAUAAAAUACUCAUGUCACUCUUUGUGAAGAAGAACAUUUUUGUUUGUUCAAUCUGGCAGAGGCUGUACAGUCCAGCAUUUAAAUGAUGACUUUCCUUCUAUGAGAAAUGAUAGAACUAUGAGUUUUCUUUAGUCAGGUUUGUUUUGGGUUUUUUUGUUUGUUUGUUUGGAGAGAGAAACAAGAAAGUCUUAAGAAAGACUUAACAUAGUCUUGAAGCCUGGACAGUGCCUUAAUCCAGAUUUACUUCUCUUACAGUGUCCCUUUCCUCCAUCUCAUGCCCCUAAAUUGAUAUUACUAAAAAUCUAUAGUUUUUGUUAUUUAGGAAAGAAUUGAAGAUGAUUUCCCAUUGCUGUUGAAGUGGGAAAGAAUCUCCACAGCAAAUAACAGAAAGUUGAUUCAUCAAAAAAAGAAAUCUAUUAGCACUGACACUUUCCUUACUUUCCAUAUGGAUAUCACAUUCAAUAGAGGGCUCUUUUCUCUAUGUUUAGUCAUUAGAUCUAGUAGUUAACAGAAUGUCAGGCUUAUGUUAAAAUAUAAUGAAGAUUUGCAGAAGUUAUCAAGAAUUGUUUCUAAAGUGAAGCAUCUUUUUUUUUUCCAUCAUUAAGGUCCACAUUACAACUAAUUACUGCUUUCUUUCGUCAAGAAAAGUAAUAUAUCGUGCUACAUAAAUGGUAAAAACAAGGUGUUUUAUUUAUCUUGUUUAUCUUGCAGCUCUGGAAGAUGGAUGAGCUUGUAAAUAUUCGUAAACCUCCCCCCCAUGGUUCUGAGUUAUUUGAGUUUUAUGUAUAGGCCUAUGUCCUUAGCAUGGUUGAAAUUAUGUUUGUAUGUUACAAACAAUAUUUACCUCCAGAUUUUAAUUUUCUAUUCUGUCACUUUUCUUAAUCGUCUAGGACAGGGAUUCUUAACAUUUUGUGUGUGUGUCAUAGAUCCUUUUUGUCAGCCUCAUGAAGCCUAUGGACCCCCUUUCAUAAUCAUGUUUUUAAGGGCAUAAAAUAAAAUAUCUUUACAAAGGAAAUCAAUUACAUUGAAAAUCAGUUAUUCAGAUUUUUUAAAACAAGUUCAUAGACCCCAGGCUAAAAGCCCAUGGUCUAAGGUCUUAGAGUGAAGACUUAUACCAAACACGUUCCAAUGCAUAUUAAAUGUAUUCCUAAAGAGAGCAGUUGGAAGUUGUGAUGUGACUCCUCAGUGAAACAGCUCAUUCAAGUUCUUGUUACCUAUCUCUAAAGAGGAAGCACUGAAUCAAAAACAAAAAUUCUCAUUAUUACCCUUAGCAACAAAGCAUAAAGAAAUAGCAGUAGAAUCGAUGCUAAACAAAGACUCAGGGGUCUUUUUUUGCACCCUGUCUAACCUCUAAAAGUUAUUUUUCUUCUUCAUCUCUCUGAGCCUCAGUCUUCCCCUCUGUAAAAUGAGGAAGUCAUACAAGGUAACCUUGUUAUAGAAUUGAUGAAUUGAUGUGUGUGAUAAACUUAAGCAAAUUAGUAAUCAUUUUGAUAAUACACAUCAAAUCAAAAUGUUCUUAAAAUAACAACUUAGGGAAACAUCCAAACCAUGGCUUUCAAUACAAAAAUCACUGGGCUGUCUCUGGGGAAUGAUGUUGUACCCUAACUAUUCAACUUUUAAAAAAUCACUUACCCUUGGAGGGAGAAAGCCAGCAGAUAGCUUGUAGAGGAAAUGAAUCACUGUGGGAACAGGCCAGAGAUGAACUCUUGGGGUCCAUAGGGCCAUAACCCCUUAUGUGUUUUCCUGUUUUCUAAGCACUUUCACAGGAUUUCUACCCUAUGCAUUUCUAUAUCGAGACAAAUCUUUCCCUGUAGUAUGGACACAGUCUUAAGAAAAAAUAUCCAUCUGCAGCCAAAUCCUUUGGGAAAUAUCUGGAAAAUAGAUGAUAGCAAAUUCCACUCUACAAUAUUUUUGCCUUCAUGGAAUACUAUAAAACAGACACAAAGAUUGUUCUUUUUCACACGAGACUACGUUGAAAGAGUUCAAUUUGCUGAUUUUUAAACAAAGUAGACUUGUUACACAGCAUACUUUAAAAAAUUCACUUGAAGUUUUUUUCUUUUGCACAGUGAAGUAAUAAGCAUAGUUCCUUUUAAUAAAGGAUGUUCAUAUUUUCUUCUUGGUUAUGUAAUUUUUUCUUGCACAAAACAGUUUUAUUAAAUUUUUUUAUCUUUUGAUGGCCCCAUUACUGUGAUAAUUGCUUCAAAAUCAUGUUGUACCAAUAUUCACUAAUAAAGUGGAAUGAGUUAAAAUUA